AUGUCGAUGGCAACUUUCAGUGGAAAACGGUACUUCGUGACAUUCAUUGAUGACAAGUCAAGAUACUGUGUCGUCUAUCUGCUCAAGAGCAAAUCUGAAGUUGCGGCGAAGUUCAUGGAAUACGCUGCGAUGGCCGAAACGCAAACCGGAAAGCGCGUGAAGUACCUUCAAAGCGACAAUGGGGGUGAAUACAAGUCCGACAAGCUGGCACGAUUCUGCGCGGAACGGGGAAUACAACAAAGGUUCACACCCCCAUAUACUCCUCAGCUAAACGGAGUAGCUGAGAGAAUGAAUCGCACGCUGGUCGAGUGUGCGCGUUGCAUGAUGGAACACGCUGGACUGGGAAAGAGCUACUGGGGUGAAGCAGUGAUGACGGCGAUGUUUCUUCGAAACCGCUGUCCAACACGUGCCAUUCACCAAGACAAGUCUCCAUAUCAAGUGUGGACGAUGAAGAAACCGAUUCUGGCCAACCUUAAAGUGUUUGGAUGCCACGCGUAUGUUCAAGUGCCUCAAGACAAACGCGCGAAGUUCGACUCCAAGUCAUCACUCUGUCGUUUCCUGGGAUACGCCGAACACCAGAAGUCAUAUCGAUUUGAGGAAGUGUCAACAGGAGCGAUCAAGAUCAGUCGCGAUGCCACAUUCAUGGAAGACAAGUUUGAUGAAGGUCCGCGCAACUACAACGAUGAGUCAAGUGUCGUUGAGUUUGAUGAUCAUGAUGAGGACGAAGAAAAAGAAGAAGGUAAAACUGACGACGACAUGGACUCGAGCGACGAUGACAACGAAGACACCAGGUCUUCGAAGAGCAACAUCAAGAGACACACGCGCACUCAAUCACUUGAGAAAGCUACCGUCAUUCCAAGUCCCAAGCGAAGAACAUACAGAGGUCCGUCGCUUGAGCAUGUGUCAGCGGCUGCAAUGGAUUUUGAAGCAGCCUACAUCGUUGAUUCAGUGGGGGAAACGCCGACUACAUUCAAGUCGGCGAUGGAAUCAAGCGACUCCGGCAAGUGGAAAGAAGCGUGUGACUCGGAGUUCGAUUCGCUUCAGAGAAACGACACGUGGGAAAUCGUGCCUCUUCCGAAAGGUCGCAAGGCCAUCGGGUGCCGAUGGGUUUUUCGUGUAAAGGAGAAUCAAGAUGGCGAAGUUGAACGUUUCAAGGCAAGACUUGUGGCCAAAGGAUUCUCACAGAAAUUCGGAGUUGACUAUGAAGAAACUUUCGCACCGGUGGCCAAGUUCACAUCGAUUCGUGUGGUGCUCAACAUCUACAUGGACCAGCCGGACGGAUACCUGGAUGCAACACAGCCGGACUAUGUGUGCAAGCUAAAGAGAUCACUCUACGGCUUGAAGCAAUCGCCUCGCAUGUGGAACCAAACAAUCGAUGGGUUCAUGAUCAAGAUGGGAUUCAAGAAGUGCGAAUCGGACCACUGCAUCUACAUCAAGCGAGACGACCAAGACAUGAUUCUCGUGGUGCUCUACGUCGAUGAUCUCAUCCUGGCCAGCAGCAACAACGAACUCCUCAAGUCAACCAAGAUGGCGCUGAGCAAACGCUUCGAAAUGACGGAUCUCGGUGAGCUCGAUUACUUUCUCGGCAUGGAGAUCAAGAACGACCGUAAGACGGGAAUGGUGACUGUACAACAAACCAAGUUUCUCAAGUCCGUGUUAACCAAGUUCGGAAUGGAUAACAGCAAGCCAGUGAAGACGCCUCAAGAUCCCGGCCUGAAGCUAACCAAGAACAUGUGUGAACAAGAAUGCAAGCACGAAGACACCAUGUGCAACGUGCCAUAUCGAAGUGCUGUCGGAGGCAUCAUGUAUCUCAUGGUCGCCACACGUCCGGAUCUAGCUGCUGCAGUGGGAUCAUUAUCCCAGUUCUCGUCCGACCCAUGCCCGACUCACUGGCAAGCUUUGAAGCGUGUGCUGAGAUACCUGCAAGCAACGCCCAAUCAUGGUCUUGAGUUUACACGUGAAGAAGGAAGCCGUAUCUGCGGGUACACCGACGCAGACUGGGCCGGCGACAUUGAGUCAAGACGAAGUACAAGCGGCUAUGUGUUCAUGAUGAGCGGAGGAUGCAUCAGCUGGAAAAGCCAGAAACAACGGACGGUCGCGCUAUCUUCAACAGAAGCAGAAUACAUGGCGCUUUCCGAAGCAACCAAAGAAGCAGUAUGGCUCAAAGUGCUUUUGGGGGAACUUGGUGAGAUGACAAGCGACGAAGCGAUCAAGAUGUAUGAAGACAACCAAGGAUCAAUCGCUCUCGCCAAGAACCCGGAGUUCCAUAAGAGAACAAAACACAUCGACAUACGCUACCAUUUUGUGCGUGAGAAGGUGGAAUCAGGUGAAGUCGUUUUGGAGUAUUGCCCGACUCAAGAUAUGCUGGCAGACAUGAUGACCAAGCCGAUCGCCGCUGUACAAUUUGAAAACAUUCGCGAUCGACUUGGGAUCCAAGGUGCCGCAGCUAACGAGUCGAGAGGGAGUGUUGAAAAGACAGCGGCUGUGAAGAAGACACCUCGUCAAGCUGCGUCAAGUGUUGAAGCAAGUGGAAGACCAAGCUUCGCUAUACCGGUGGGUACCGGUAUGUACCAGUAA